UAUUAUUUUUUUAAAAAGGAAAUAAUAUGUAAAAAACAAUGAGUAAUGUCUUUUAAAAUAAGUGAAAAAUUAAAAUGAAAAAAAUUAAUCCAACAUCUUUGUCUUUUAGUGUUAAAAAAACUCGAUAAUAAAUAGAAAGAAAUUAAAAAAAAAGUAAGAGAAAAAGGAAAAAGAAAUUAAGAAGUAAGGAUAUUUAGGUCAUUUCAGGUGUAUAACAAGUUAAGUCAUUAUUUUAACAUUUAGAAUUUAAUAGAGAUAUCAUAAUAUACAUAAAUUAGCAUGUUAAAGUCACUAGAUUGAAAAAAAAAAUAUAGUUCAAAUAUUAAAAUAGAAAAAAUUAAAAAAAAUAAAAUAUUAGAUUUUUAAUUAUUCGUGGAACAAAACAAGAAAUAUUCUUGUUUCCAAUUAAGGAAAAUGUUCAAGAUCACAAUGGAUUGCAUGCUAAUAAGUUUCCUUGAAAAGUUAAAAUGCCUUCCUUUCUUGGAUUUUUCUUUGGAUUCUUUACAACCUUACAUUUAAAUUAAAUAAUCCCUUUGGUUAACUCAGAAGCCUCAGUUUUCACCAUUUAUAACUCUUUUUAAUUACCUUUUUCUCUCUACUGCAUAACUUAGUAGCCAUCGUUUUUGUACAUUGACAGGUGUGUCGAGCUUUUGGACCAAGCUAGAGAGAGCUUUUACAAAAGGGCAGAUGGAGAAAUCUACAAUAGGCCAUAACAGACUCUGUACCCAAAAGUCUAAUUACGACUCCCUUGAUGAUUCCGAUCCAAAAUCUUAUUCAGAUUCUUGUUCAGGUCGUUACAUAUAUGUUCAUGAUCUUCCUCAACGCUUCAACGACCUUCUUGUUGAAAAUUGCACUGGCCUUUAUAGAUUUUAUGACAUGUGCCCGUUCCUGACAAACUCAGGAUUUGGUUUUCAGGUUGUUGAGAAUCCUGAAGGGAUUAUAUCAGGAUGGAAUUGGUUUGCAACUCACCAAUUUCUUUUAGAAGUUAUAUUUCGCACUAGAAUGAACAACUAUGAAUGUUUGACUAAUGACUCCUCUUUAGCUUCUGCCAUUUUUGUACCUUAUUAUGGGGGACUCGACGUCGCUCGUUACCUGUGGGAUUAUAAUAUAUCAAGAGAUUCUUUGGGUGCUGAUCUUGUCAAAUGGCUGAGAAAAAAACCUGAAUGGAAAAUAUUGUGGGGUAGAGACCAUUUCUUUGUUUCUGGAAGGAUUGGCUGGGAUUUUCGUAGACAUGUUGAUAAUGAUAAUGGUUGGGGAAGCAAUCUUAUGUCUUUGCCUGAAUCUAUGAACAUGACAAUGGUGACAAUUGAAUCAAGUGCAUGGAGUAACGAAUUCGCGAUACCAUAUCCAACUCAUUUCCACCCGUCAAGUGAAACUGAGCUGAUUGAAUGGCAAAAUAAAAUGAGGAAACGGAAAAGGCAUUACUUGUUUUCUUUUGCAGGGGCUCCGCGACCUUUUCUGCAGGACUCUAUCCGUAGUGAGAUAAUCAAUCACUGCUUAGGUUCAAAGAGGUUAUGUAAGUUGCUGGAUUGUGACUCUGGACCAAACAAGUGUGACAACCCUGUCGAGGUCAUCAAGGUAUUUCAAGACUCAGUUUUCUGCUUGCAGCCUCCAGGGGAUUCGUACACUAGACGAUCAGCUUUUGAUUCGAUUGUAGCAGGAUGUAUUCCAGUUUUCUUCCACCCAGGAUCUGCUUAUGCACAGUAUGAGUGGCACUUACCAAAUGAUUAUGCUACAUAUUCUGUGUUCAUACCAGGGAACUUGGUGAAAAAUGGGAAUAUCAGCAUCAAUGAGACUUUGCUUCAGGUUCCCAAUGAUAAAAUAACAAGCAUGAGAGAGGAGGUUAUAAAGCUGAUACCGAAGAUUAUAUAUGCAAAUCCCAAGUCAAAACUAGAGAGUUUUGAAGAUGCAUUUGACAUAGCAAUUAAGGGAGUACUUGCAAGAAUUGAGAAAGUGAGAAAGGAAAUUAGGGAGGGAAAGGAUCCUGGCAUUGACUUUGCAGAACCAAAUUGGAGGCUCAGAUUUUCUAGAAUGGGCCAAAAAGAUUGGUCUCCUUUCUUCUGAAAAAAUAUUUCGAUUGGUGGGGAUUUUAUUUUUUAUUUUAUUUCUUGUGUUCAUUAUCAUUCUGGUUAAUGAGAAGGGAAUACAUUUAUAUUUCUUCUGUUCACUUUUUUCUACAAAUAAGUAGCCAAGGUUUACAUUUGAGUCCCUAUUGUUCCAAAAAAU